CGUUUUUGGAAAUCGCUUAACGAGGCGUUUAUGGGGAAUUAACGGUGGGGAAAGAAUAAAAAGGGAGGUGGUAGGUGGACGUGCUGCUGCUGGUGGUCGCCUUCACGCAUUUUUAUUUUACCCCUUCCUCCCUUAGGAAUCGUUAAACGCGACACCUUGGAUCGGCGUCCCACUUUUUAUCGGCGUUUACGCCAUUAUAGAUCGCCGUAAUGAAUCAUUGAAGAGCGUAAAAAAUGAACGAGACACUUUCAAGCGCGACCAACUGUUUCAAGGAGGAAUGUGUCCAUAAGGUGGAGCGGCGCAGUGAUGUUGUUUGACCGAAAUAUUUGCCUCGAUCGCUUGUAACAAGGUGUCCAAUUGCAACCGCGUCACCUCGGCGUCCACGUACGAGCCAACGAAACCAAAUAGGCGUGUGAAUAAAAACGUUUUCUGGGCUGUCGACGCCAAGUAGUGCGGACGCGACUGCCGAGCCACCUUAAGAGGGCGGGUCGAACGUCCGGGAAGUGACAGUUGUGUCAGCCAAUGGCACCGGUCGACAAGUAAAGAUUGACAGGCUUUUUAUCAAACCAGCCAUCGGAUGUGGUCUGUUCCCAACCAAUAAUGAAGUUGUUAGGGGUGGGCACAUUAGUGUCGGCGAGGUUUAAUGAGACUCCAUUGGAUUGUAAUCAGCGUCAUGUCGGAUUCGGUGUAAACUACAACAGUGGAACAAAAUGGCGACUGUUUAGGUGACGCCACUUUUUAACGCCGCUAACGUUUUAAACAGCAUGAUCUGUCGUGUGCUGCUGUUGUUGUUUUUUUAUUUAUUUUUAUUUUUAUUAUCCAGCUCGGAUUCACUUGGAGCACAAGAUUUAGAGACGGCGUCAAGGUCAGUUCCCGGUCGUGGAAUUUAACAGUGGCACUUUUCCCCUCAAACGUCAGUCGUCCUUACAGGCCGGAUUUGACGAGCCAUUUUGGAGGGCUCCGUGGAACGUACCUUUUUUGGACCUCGCCAAAGGAUGUGGAAGUACCCGUUGGCGCUUGGCAGCAGGCGGGAUUGCGCACGGAUGGCGUUUUUGUGAGUCUCCAGGUCCAACCAUGGUGAAACUCGCCAACCCUCUGUACACGGAGUGGAUUCUGGAGGCCAUACAGAAAAUCAAGAGGCAGAAGCAGCGGCCCUCGGAGGAGAGGAUUUCCCACGCGGUGGGCACGUCGCACGGACUGGACCGGAAGACGGUCCUGGAGCAGUUGGAUUUAAGUGUUCACGAUGGCUCUGUUCUCAAGGUUACCAACAAGGGUAGCACCUCGUACAAGGACCCGGGGAUCACCAGGAGAGCGGGAUCCAUCCCGCCUCCCGCCUCGCCUAUGCCGACAAAGGAUUCUAUAUGGGGUUCCGGCGAUCUCCGCCACCUUGAUUGGAAUAAGAUCUUGCACAGGGCCAUUGAGGGCCUGGACGACACGCACGGCUCCUCGCUCAAAAACAUCGAGAGGUACCUGAGGAACCAGGACGACCUGGCCGAGGCGGCUGACAACCCGGCCUUCCGCCAGCGCUUGCGGCUGGCGGCCAAGCGCUCCGUUAACAGCGGCAGACUGUUCAAAAAUGGCCCGCGGUACCAGCUCGGAGGGCGCGGCGGCACCGUCAGCAGGACGCCCAGGUGUCCGAUGGCCGCCCCUUUGCUGCUGAUGUCGGCGACGCUCCUAGCGCACGAGCGAGAACAGCUGCGGGUCGACCCCAUCCCAAUAUGCAGUUUCUGUCUGGGCACAAAAGAGUCCAACCGAGACAAGCGUCCAGAGGAUCUUCUUUCUUGCGCCGAUUGUGGGAGCAGCGGGCAUCCCUCGUGUCUGAAGUUCUCCCCCAAGUUGACCUCCCACGUGAAGCGAUUACGGUGGCAGUGCAUCGAAUGCAAAACCUGCAGUUCCUGCCGAAUACAGGGGAAAAAUGCAGACCAGAUGCUCUUCUGCGAUUCGUGUGACCGGGGCUUCCACAUGGAGUGCUGCGAGCCGCCCAUUUCCACAAUGCCUAAAGGAACGUGGCUGUGCCAGUUCUGCAGGCCCAAGGACAACGGAAAGAAGCUGCUGCACCGAAAAGCCGACGAGAUCAAACGGCGAUACGCAAAGCCCAUCGGAAGACCCAGGAAUAAGCUCACGCCGCAAAUGUGUCUAAGCAGCCGUGAUGGUUCCAUGGUGGCACUCGGAGGAAGGGGGUCACCCGGUAGGGGUCCGAAGUUUAGCGCGCGUACCUCAUCCCGUCAUGCCGCAUCUGUGAAGGACGCCAGAGGCUGCUCGGCUAUUCCAGACGCCACCCGAUUCACCAUCCCAACCCCCACCUCCUCCACCGUCACCGCCGUCACCCCCCUCCUCACGCCCUCCUUCGCCACCCCAGCUGCGUUCGGCGUUAACAAGAAAACCAAAGGGCUCAUCGACGGGCUUUCCAAAUUCUUCACCCCUUCCCCCGUGGGGCGUCGCUCGCGAGCCGUAGCCGCCGAGUCGCCCGCCGACAAACGGUUAGGCGUGGCCGCUCCAGUCGCCGCCAGUCACCAGAUAGCGCCCUCGUGUGCGCUCCCCGCCGCCGCCGCCCCCCCAACAUCGCUGGGAUUUAGCCCGCCCUCGCAGGUGUCCUCCGCCUCCACCUCGGCUAACUCGCCCCAGAGCUCUUCCAGCCAGUCUAGCGCUCCCUCCCUGGGUAGCCUCUGCAAUAGCAGCCAGCUCAAGGGACUGUUUGACGGACUCUCGCACAUUUACGCCACUCAGGGACAGUCGCGGAAAAAGAGGCUGGCGUGCUACACGCCGCAAAAGCGGGACUCGCCACACGCGUCCAAAGCCCAGUUCCACAGAAAGAACGAGUUUAGUAAAAACCGGCUCGGCUCCACGUCACCCGGGUCGGGGCGACCCCCAGGACACGCCUUUAAGUUGGUGGGCCAUUUCAAGCGCAACCCCUUCCUUAAAAAACGCAGGACGCUAGGCAGGCUGAGGUAUAAGGUGAGCCCCCCGAAGGGAGCGCCCUCACCAGAGAAAGGAGACUUGACAGACGCAAGAGUUAAGCCAGAGAGUAAUCAUGGCCACAAAAGGGAGCUGCGGGUGAAGCAAGAACCCCCCCGCGCCAGCUCGGCGGCCAUGUCUGGCGAGCACGUGACCGACGAGGACGUGGAGAUGUUCGCCAGCGUCCGAGAAGUCGCCGCCCAGAGGACGGGCUGUCAAACGAACGCCAACGCCACGCGAUGUCCGGCUGUCAUUGAAUUUGGGAAGUACGAAAUCCAAACGUGGUAUUCGUCACCGUACCCGCCUGAAUAUUCAAGAUUACACAAGCUUUAUCUGUGCGAGUUCUGUCUGAAGUACAUGCGAAGCAAAAACAUUCUCCAGAGGCACACCAAGAAGUGCGGCUGGUUCCACCCGCCGGCCAACGAGAUCUACCGAAAAGGUGGCCUCUCCGUCUUUGAGGUUGAUGGAAAUGUCAGCAAACUCUUCUGCCAAAACCUUUGCCUGUUAGCCAAGCUUUUCCUGGAUCACAAGACGCUGUAUUACGACGUGGAGCCGUUCCUCUUCUACAUCCUCACAAAGAACGACCACAAAGGCUGUCAUCUCGUUGGCUAUUUCUCCAAGGAGAAGCUUUGCCAGCAGAAGUACAACGUCUCCUGCAUAAUGAUCAUGCCUCAGUACCAACGGCAAGGAUUUGGACGCUUCCUUAUUGAUUUCAGUUAUCUUCUGACCAGGCAAGAAGGACAAGCCGGCUCCCCCGAGAAGCCGCUGUCAGAUCUGGGCCGCUUAUCCUACCUGGCGUAUUGGAAAAGUGUCAUUCUGGAGUACCUUUAUAGGCAGCCGGAUAAACACGUCAGUGUUAAAGGCAUAAGCAGGGCCACGGGGAUGUGUCCGCACGACAUCGCCGCCACUUUGCAGCACCUCGGCAUGAUUGACAGACGGGAUGGACGAGUGGUGCUGAUGCGAAGAGAACGACUGAUCCACCGGCACAUGCAGAGACUGCGGACCGACCCGCGUCGUCACAAGGUGGACCCCGAAGCCCUGCGCUGGACGCGCUCCACGUCGCUCGACGCCGUCCUGUCCGAGGACGAGCGAGAAGCGGAGAUGGAUGCUGAGCAGGCCAGCUGCUGGGUGAAAGAAGAGCGAGGUAGCCACGCGGCGACUCACGCCCGCAGACAGACGCUCACCAAGAUGCACUGUAAGGUGCCCUACAGGACGUACGAGCGGCGCCACGCUUCGUCGUGGAGCAGACGCGUUCAGCCGCCCCGGGACGUCAGCGACCACGUUGACGACGACGACGACGAAGACGAAGAAGAAAUGAACGAUGACGUGGACUCCGACAGCUUGCCGCCCGUGCUCACAAAGGCGCAUGCCAUGCUGGCGGCCAAGCGAAAGAGGAGCAAGAGGGGCCGCAAGAGAAAGAGAAUCAACAGCAGCGUCACAACGGAGACCAUUUCCGAGACCACCGAGGUCCUAAACGAGCCCUUCGAUAACUCUGAGGACGAGGGUCCCAUGCCGCGAUUGGAGCGCACCCGCGGCGUGCGCGCCAUGGAACAAGAGGAGGAAGAGGAGGAGAACAAGACCCCGAUCGCACCCGUGAAACGGCGGCGAGGUCGACCGAGGCUGAAAGAAAAGAUGCAGAGAGAUAACCUUCAGCACUGGAAUGAAGAUGCUGACGUCGCCUCCAAGGGACCCGGCAGACCUCGUCCAGUCAAGCGAAAGAAAGGCUGGCCCAAAGGAGUCAAACGAGGCCCGCCAAAAUGGCGCCUGAAGAACGAGCGCAAAAUGGGCUUCAAGCUGAACCUUUACACGCCGCCCGAAACGCCCAUGGAGGCGGAGCAGCACCGUAUCCAGUUCGAGGAUGUGCAGGGCGAAGCAGACCGAGAGCUCCAUGGCGGCAGGGUGGCCAGACGCUUCCGGUCGGAGCCCCCGAGCCCGGCUGACCGUCCCUCGCCCAAGUCGAGGUCCCCCGUCGGAUCGCCCGCCGCCUCCCCCAUCGCCGUGUCACCCGGGAACGAGGACGGUGAUGACUCGCCGAAACGCCGAGAUGAUGAGCUGCAAGAAAGUGAGCCUGAGCUGGACUCGCCGACCAAAGAUGUGGAUCGCAGAACUGAAGUCGCCGCAUCGCCUCAUAAUCAGAACGAGGAUGAGGAGGAGCAGAUGACGGUAACGGAAGAUGCGAACGAAAACCAAGGCCACGUGAAGGCAACGGAGCGUGAGAGCAACCAGCUGGAGGCCCCGCAAGCUUCUAAAGUAAUUUGUGAAAGUUUCUUAGCCCAGGAGGAAGACCGUGAGGUUGCGUCAAGUCAGCAAAAAGAAAACGCCACGCAUGUCGCGGAAUGCAUCCAUGAUGCGGAGGGGAAGACAAAAGAGGUUUUGCCACCCCCUCCAAGCAAAGUAGCAGCUGGCGAUUCCGAGUCGGAAGAGGAGAGCGCGCCCAGUCCUCGACAAGGUCACGCCCCGCCUCCGACCACCAAGAGCCCGCCCCUCAGUCCCACUCUCAGGGACAGCCCCCUGAUCUGCACGGAAAUCGACUCGGAGACGGCGCGGGCCGUCCGGUCCCUGGCACGAGAGAGCGAGCGGGACACGGCGUACCAGGACUGCGUGGAGAGCCAAGACGCCUGCAGGAACGUGCACGCCUACGCCCCCGUGACUCCGCUGGAGGACCGCCCCCAGUCGGAGCACAGCAGCCCGCUUUCGUCGGCGCAGUCGCAUCCCAGCCAGUCGGUCCGCUCCGUCAACAGCCCGGCCGUAUCCAUCCUGGAGGCGGGGGGCUACGCGCAGAUCAGCCCUGACCACAGCGCCAUCUCGGUGCCGUCCAUCCACAACAUGGAGACCAGCCCCAUGAUGGACGUGCCGUCGGUGUCGGACCACUCGCAGCAGGUGGUGGACAGCGGCUUCAGUGACCUGGGCAGCAUCGAGAGCACCACCGAGAACUACGAGAACCCCAGCAGCUACGACUCCACCUUGGGGGGCAGCGCCCCCCAGGGCGGCUGCCCCUACGGCGGCAUCGCUCCCGGCGGGCUGGCCCAGAGCAGCUGCGCCGUCAGCCAGCAAAUGGCCGCCGUCAACCCGGGAGGCUGCGGCAUGAUCCAGCAGAAUAGCCUGAGCUCCCCGCCGCAAUGCAACGUCAAGUCGCCGCAGGGCUGCGUGGCGACGGCCGAGCGGCCGCCCAGCGCCAGUCAGCGCGGCCAGCCGCACGGCAGGCACGGCCCCCACAAUCAGCACAAUCAACACAAUCCCCACAACCAGCAUAGUCACCACCACAAUCACCACCUGCAGCACAAUCAGCUCAGCCAGCACAAUCAGCCAGCCGUGCACAACCUCCACAAUCAGCACGCCGCGCAGGACGCCAGCGGUGCCCAGUGCGCCCUCCCCGCCAACUUCGCAGGCGUGCAGCUGCCCGACAUCACGGAAUCGGGCAACCCCAAUUUCGCCCUCUAUGAGAGGAUCAACCACCAGGGCGAGUACGCCGGCGGCCACUACCCGCAGUCGUCGGGCCUCACCCUGGCCAAGCUGCAGCAGUUCACCAACACCUUCAUGGAGCAUCCCCGCUCGCUGCCUUUCACCCACUCGCCGUCUCACCCCAUCACGUCCUACGCCAACACCCCCUCGCUGUCCUCGCAGCACUCGGGCCUGGUGUCCCUGUCGCAGACCCCGCACCGCGUCCCCAACCCCCAGGUGCAGGCGACCAUGACGCCGCCGCCGGCCAUGAUGCUUCAGCGCAACGUGGGGAUGCCUCCGGCCCAACGCGUCCAGUCCCAGACGCUGACCAAGAGUCACGCGUCGGCGCGCUCCAAGUCGGCGCCGCUCACGCACCACCAACACCACCAACACCACCACCACCAUCACCACCACCACCAGCAACAGCAGCAGCACCAGCAGCAGAUGUACGCGCGGCAGACCCAGGGCGUGGCCAUGCAGGCGCCGGCCCGGACGCUGGCGGCCAUGCCGCGCGUCAACAUGAGCGUCAACAUCAUGCCGGCGCCGGCCUACAACUCCAUGAACAUGCCCUCGCUCAACGCCAUGAACGGCUACGGCAUGAGCCAGCCCAUGAUGAACAGCGGCUACCACGGCAACCACGCCGCCUACAUGAACCAGUCGCCCCAGUACUCUAUGCAGAUGGGCAUGAUGGGAACGCAGCCAUACGCCCAGCAGCCCAUGCAGGCGCCGCCGCACGGCAACAUGGUGUACACUCCGGCCGGUCACCAUGGCUACAUGAACCCGGGCAUGUCCAAGCAAUCGCUGAAAGGGUCUUUCAUCAGGCGGUAGCCCGCCGCCGCUGCGUCUUUUCGCUUUAGAUGCACUGAUAUGGCCUUUGCUCUUCUGCUUUGUGUGAUCGACACUACUCGGAAAAAAAAAAAAUGUUGAGGAGAGGUUGGACUUUUGGGUGAAAUCUCAGGUUGAACAUCAAAUACACGUAACUUGACCAUCUCUAAAGUCGGAAUGCACUUGUCUGACUGGUGAAAGUUUGCAGAUGAUUAAUUCACCAGGAGCCAAACCUGGAUGGAGCUCGGACCGUUUCGUUUCUAUUGAGCUUUUGCCGUUCCCAAAUGAACUUUUUUUUGUAUUGUUAUUUUAAUAAACGCAUCGAUGAUGGUGAAUCUGAAAUCAGACCAGGCUGGCAGUGGUCAAGAAAAAAGACUGCCUCCGGUUGCGCGCUUUAGCUUCUUCCUGAAAUUUCACCCAAAAUGCAGACGUCCCUCAUUUUUGGGAGUUGUGUAAAUAAAUAUAUAGAUUUUUAUUUGUUUUUCCUUCUUUAAAGACAAAAACCAGCAGCAGCACUUGGAAAGAAUGCAAAUAUUUUCAUUCAAAAAAAAAAAAACAAAAAAAAAAGCUAAUUUUGUUCGUCCAAGAUGGGAAGCCUUACAACAUGGUGAUGUUGAAAAUGAAAUUCUAUUUAAUUAGCGGCAGGUUCAGCGGCUGUGAGGUCGGCUUACCGUCGCCACAUAGCAGCCUCCCACGGAAGCCAUUUUUCUUUUCAUGUGCCUGCUCACGAGUGGAACCUGUUCGGUGUGUUAACUGUCCAACAGUGCUCACGCGCAAACCAUUUAGUUUGUACCAUAUUCACGCCUUUGUAUAUUUAAAUUAUUGUACUAUUUUUUUUUUUUUGGGAGGGGGGGGUCAAGUGGCAAACCUUUAGCAUGCUUGGGUCUCUCCUUUAGUGACAGUGCAUUGAGUAGUACUGUACAAGUGUUGUGCUUAACAAAUAGCAAGCCAUUUUCAAGCUACCGGGCCUUUUAUUAGGUGAAAAAAAUCAAAAUUAUAUUUUGUUAAUGCUAAUAAUGUAAAAAAAAAAACAAACAAAAAAAACAACUGUAAAACUUAGUCCUGUUUUCUGUUGCGCUUUGAGAGGUUUUAUUGCUCUAUGUGUGUAUAAUUCUAAAGUCUUUUUGUAACAGAUCUCCUCGAGGCAGCUUUCUGUUUAAUAAAGCAAGACGGAUUUCUGUCCAAA